AUGUGUCUUCUAGAUAGUCCGCGGGGCACCUGGUCGGAAAGGAUGACUGCUUCAAUUGCUCGAGAAUUCACCCGCCUCGAGGUGGACAUCGUCGUUCUCCUCAAGAUCCGCCUCUCUGGUUAGGGUCAGCUUGAGGAGGCUAGUGAUGAUUACACCAUCUUCUGGAACGACUGCCCAAAAGGAGAGCGAAUCGACGCUGGCGUCGACUUUGCCAUCCGGACGACUUCCCCGUCUGCCGCAGGGCAUCAACAACCGGCUCACGAUCCUGCGGUUGCCUCUUCGGGAGCCAAGUUCGCUACCACCAUCAGCGCCGAAGCUCCCGCAAUGAACGAACCCUACGAGAUGGGGAACAAGUUCUACGAAGAGCUACACGCAGUCCUAGCGUCUGUGCCGAAGGCGGACAAGUUGGUCGUCUUGGUGACUUCAGUGUCCGCCUAUAGACAAACCGUGUUGCUGGGGAGGGGAGUGCCCGAUCCCCACGGAACUGGCGACUGCGAAAACAACCUCCCCCUCCCCCUCCUCCUCCUCCUUCUACUGCAAAGCUGCGCAGAACACAGUCCCCUUCGGUCAGAUGUGGUUAUGUAG